UUGUUAUCUCACUCUUACUUAUAAGCUAGCAUUAAGAGAUAAAAAUGUAUACACAGCUCACUCACAAACGCAUACACACUUGAGAGAGCUUAAGAAAAGUGGAAUAUGCGAGACGCGGCAUUCGGUGGCGUGUAGUUGAAGCGAAAGGUCGAUUAAAGAGAUUGUGAGAUUAUUAAAAAGACUAAGUGCCUAUAUUCAUUUUUCGGCGUCCACAACAUCAGAAGUGGUCAUUACCCACUAUGCCUGACACUAAAUGGAAUCAAUUUUCAGUGCUCCAACUAAAGAAGUGGUUGGAAGCUCUUGGACGCCAGACUUCCGGCACUAAAGCGGAAUUAAUAGUGCGUCUGCAGGCCAUUUCCCCAGAAACGCGUGGCGAUUCACCGCCAAAUAACGGAUCAGCAGCAGAAGAGGUGGAAGAAUUGGAUGGAGAUGCAGCCUGGCCAAAGCAGAGGGAACCACAGGGUGGAGACACACGCACGAUCCCGUUCGACGAGCAGUCAUUGCAGUCAGAAUCCCCGGAGAACCUCGAUCUGGAUCAGCUAUCGUUGGUGGAUGCAGAGAGAGCCACUCUAAAAAAGCUUCGGGACGAGAUAGAGGCAAACAUGGCUGUGCUGCAGAGGAUCCAAGCGGAUAUCGACGACGCGAACAAGAGCAAGUCUGCUCAUGCUCGCCAGAUCAAUGACGUCAUCAAGAACAACAGCAACGGAAACCACGGCAAUGUUAACAUAUGCGCUAACAGCACCGACGCCAAUGUUAACAGCACCGACGCCAAUGUUAACAGCACCGACGCCAAUUUUAACAGCACCAAGGUGACUAUCGCCGCUGAUAACAUCGAUACAGGACAUACCAGUGUUGGAAAUGAAACCGCUGGUAGUGUUGUUCAGCACCAGAGUCGAAAUGUAAACAAGCUUCUGGAAUCUCCUGCAACAUCGCUUGCCUUGGCAAAAGAGGUAACGAUGGAGUUUGAUGGCAGCUUAUGUGCGCGCAAUUGGGUCACGCAGUUUCAGAACAUCGGAAAGAUUUACAAUUUGGACGACGGAUGCAUGCACAUGCUGCUAAUUGCCAAACUAAAAGGAAACGCACAGCGCUGGCUCCACGCAAGCGCCACACGCAUCCUAGAAUCGACCGACCAGCUGUGCGAACAGUUAAUCUUGACAUUCGAGGUCAAGAUGUCAAAAGGGGAACUGAGGAACGCAUUUCAAAAACGCGAAUGGCAUCCGGAUGAGAAAUUUGCUGUUUACUUCGAGGACAAGGUGAUGCUGGCCAACGACAUCAACAUCGAUCUAGAGGAGCUCCUGGAAAACAUCAUUGAAGGAAUCCCAGCACCAGCGUUGCGCAACCAGGCGCGCAUACAGUGUUUCUCCGAGCCGAUGCAAAUUCUGCGGGCUUUCUCGGAAGUCCGUCUGCCGAAGCACAAAACAGGGAGCAGUUCAUCAAAGCGCCUUACUGGAGGAGAUGCAGCCGGGAAGGACUUACGUUGUGCCAAUUGCAACUCCAAAGGGCACUUCGCCAGGGAGUGUCUCAAGCCAAAGAGGGAGCCCGGAUCCUGCUAUGCCUGUGGGGCAUUUGGACACUUCGUCGGACAAUGCCCGGAGCGCAAGAGCGCCAAUAUCAAUAAUUAUAAUGCCUCAUAGACACAGGGAGUCCAAUAUCAUUUACAAAGUUAAGCAAUGUAUCCAAGGAAAUUAAUUUAGAAUUCGCUUCAGAAACCUAUUUCGGGCUGAAUAAAAGCCAACUGACAAUACAUGGAAAAAUCUUAUGUUACAUUAUAAAAGAAAAAGUUAAAUGUUAUUUUUAUUUGUACGUGGUCCCAGACGAGUCUAUGAGUCAUAAUGUAGUUCUUGGACGAAAUUUCAUGGAAGCGUGCCAGUUAAAACUAGAUCCAGACGCCUUGGGAAGGAUAACGGUCAACCCAGUCGAUAGUAAAAGAUAUAGAAAAGCAAAUAGUAAAACAAUCAGUUCUAUUGUUAGUGAAACAGUUAGUGAAUUAGUUAGUGAAACAGUUAGUGAAUUAGUUAGCGAAACAGUUAGUGAAACAGUUAGUGAAACAGUUAGUGAAACAGUUAGUGAAACAGUUAGUGAGACAGUUAGCAAAACAGUUAGUGAGACAGUUAACGAAGAGGUUGAUGAAACAGUUAGUCAAAUGGAGAAUGAAACAGUUAAUAAGACAGUUAGUAAAACAGCCAACGAAGCGAAUAGUAUAGUCAGUCAAACUGUUAACGAAGCAGGUAGCAAAACGGUCACCGAAACAGUUAUGCCUUUAGCCAACUUUACAACGGAUUCCGAACUUUAUGCUGCGGUUGUGCCCAGUUAUGAAGAAGCUGUUAGAGAAAUUUGUAGCAUUGAUCACUUAGAGGAUGAGCAAAUGAACUUCAUAUGCGGCGAAAACAAUAACCAAGCCUUAAACAGUCAGUUAAAGGAGAUUAUUAAACGCAACUACUUAAGCGUUAAUAAGCCUACCGAGCCCUUAGUCAAAUGCGAAAUAAAACUUUGUUUAGAAACGUCAAAACCAUUUAGCUGCGCCCCAAGAAGACUUGCCUACUC